GGUGAUGGAAAAACGCAUUCAUAUAUUUCUAAAUGCCAAUCCAAAUAUUUAAAAAAUCUUAAAGAAGAACUGCCAUCAGGUAGCGCAAUAAUUCUAGGAGAUUUUGCAGAAAACUAUAGUUUUGUUGUGCAGGAUGAAGUACAAAGUUUCCAUUGGAAUAAUCUUCAAUGCACACUUCAUCCAGUGGUUGUGUACUAUAAAGAAAAUCAAGUGUUGCAUUUCACUUCAUAUUGCAUUAUAUCAGAUGAUAACACUCAUGAUGUACCAAUGGUUUACGAGGUACAAAAAUCAAUUAUCAAUAAUCUGAAGCAAAAAAUACCCAGCAUUGUAAACGUGGUUUACUUUUCUGAUGGCUGUUCAUCUCAAUAUAAAAACUGCAAAAAUAUAUUUAACCUAUGUCAGCAUAAAUCAGACUUUGGAAUAGAUGCACAAUGGGUUUUCUUUGCAACCAGCCAUGGAAAGCAACCUUGUGAUGGUAUAGGAGGAACAGUUAAACGGCUUGUAGCUAAUGUUAGUUUGCAGAGAAUUUCUACAAAUCAAAUAUUAAACUCACGUGAUAUGUUUACAUAUUGCACUAACAACAUCAAAGGUAUAAACUUUAUUUUUAUUUCAAGUGAAAGUUUGAUAGAAACAAGAUUAUUACAAUCUGAACGAUUUAAAAAUGUAAAAACAAUACCAGGAACAAGAGACUUUCAUGAAUUUGUUCCUGUAUGUCAUAAUGAAGUUAAGAUGAAAUACUGCAGUGAUGACACUAUCCCUAUCUUGACCUACAAGUUUAAAAAUUGCGAGAUGCAAAGUGAUGUGCAAAGUUGACAUGGAAUUUUAGUUUAUGCACCAACAUGGCCUUGAAUCUUAAAGACAUUUUCUUGCUUCCUUUUAUCAAUUAUUACUUCGAAUCGACAGUUUGCUUAUGUCUAUGAUAUGUAUAUGACAAUAUUUUGCAUUUAUUAAAAAAUAUUACCUAA